CACACCUUAAGUGCACGCAGAUGUGGGAACCGUCUGAGCAGCCUUCACAACCAUCUGCUGAGCAAAUGCGACAGUCUAAUGAACCCAUACAACGAUCCGCUGAAAAUGCUCAGAAAAAACAACUCCCACCUCCACCACCAGGAGCACCCGUGCGUCCAGAGCAGCUGCCGCUGCCGCCUCCUAUAGAAGGUGUUCCUCCUGGGUUAGAAUAUCUGACUAUGAUCGACGAAAUAGUAAUCCAUCAACUCAUCGAGAUCCUUGAACUGGCUAGUGGUGUCGAGAUAGGGAACAAAUAUUCUCUGAGAAACGUCCAUGGAGAACAGGCAUACUAUGCUUUCGAGGAAUCAACCUGUUUACAACGGCAAUUUUGUUGUAGUUUGAGAAAAUUUAUUUUGCAUGUUGUGGACAAUUUCAAAAGGGAAGUUAUCAUAGUUCGACGCCCCUUAAGACUGUGCGCAGGAGGAUGCUUCGGUCUUUGUGCCUGUAUCCAAUGCUGCAGUGGGCAGUGCUCUGUCGAGUCACCGCCAGGAAAUGUGAUUGGCACAGUUGAACAAAGACAAGCUUGUUGUGCUACUUGCUUCGACGUGAGAGACGCGAAUGGUGAAUUAUUGUAUGAAGUGAAUGGUCCCUGCUGUAUUGUAUUGUGCGGCUGUCAGAAUAAGCACUUCCCAAUCUAUACGACAAGCAAAGAGAAAAUAGGAGUCAUUACAAAGGUCUGGGGAGGAUAUGAGCGUGAAGUUUAUACAAAGGCAGAUAUAUUCAAAGUGACUUUUUCAAUGGAUCUUGAUGUAUUGAACAAAGCAAUAUUAAUUGGAGCAACUUUCCUUAUUGACUAUAUGGAGUUUGAAAACCAGCAAAUGCGUCAGUAA